CAGAUUUAAGGAGGCCCAGCAACUUGAAUUACAUUUCGAUUUUGUUUUACUUUCGGGCCAACAGAUUUUACGAAAUUUAUCCAAAUUUACAUAUCCAAUGGAGGCGGAUUUGGAAGUGCAGAGCGAUCUUGAGAAGGACACCAUCCCCAUCAAAAUUGGCAUAAUUGGCGAGGCCAAUCUGGACAAGCCCAUCUAUUUGGCAGAGCGCAUGGAGUAUGCAGUAUGCACGCCGUUUGGAAAACCAUCCGAUGUGCUCAUCGAUGGCCAGAUAGAAGGCGUCAAUGUGUGUCUGCUGUCGCGAAAUGGCCGAAACCACGACAUCAUGCCGAGCAACAUUAACUACAGGGCGAAUGUGUGGGCCAUGCGCAAAAUGGGCUGCACCCACAUCCUGGUAACGAACACGUUCAGUUCUCUGAGGGACACCAUCCAGCCGGGACACUUGGUGGUGCCCAACGAUGUGAUAGAUUAUACGUCGCGGCGGGCUCAGACCUUCUAUGACGGCGCUGUGGGUAGUCCCUUGGGCGUCUGUCACGUGCCCAUGAAUCCCACCUUUUGCGAACGCACCAGGCAGCACCUCCUGAAUGCCGCCGCAGAACUGCAGUUCCCCACAAAAUCCAGCGGCACCGUCCUCACACUCGAAGGACCGCGUUACUCCACCGUCGCCGAGAACAACAUGUUCCGCAAGUGGGGCGCCGAUCUGCUGAGCAUGACCCUGUGUCCCGAGGCCACAUUGGCCAAGGAGGCAGGCAUUCCGUACGCCUCGCUGGGUCUGGUCACCAACAUGGAGUGCUGGUGCGGCAAGCAGCCGAACGCAACCACCCACGAAAUAAUCUACAUCUUCAAGAAUCAAUCCGAAAACCUCCAGAAGGUCCUGACCACGGCUAUUAGGAAUAUGGCUGCCGAGGAUUGGGCCGAGGACAUCCUAAAGGCAAAGAUUCUGGUGUGCAGUAACUUUGCUAAUAGUAAAUAGUGUUAAAAUCUUGUUAUAGGUAUUGUUUCAAAAAUAAAUUAUAUUAUGUAAGAAAUA